AUGCCGUAUUUGACAAAGUUGUGGUUGGCAGAGCCUUCAAACUGCGGCUCACUGGGUUUAUCAGCUUGCGGCCAACCCGGAUUUUGCUUUGCUCUGGACGCGAGUGCUCCUGUUUCACUACCCCGGCUGGCGGCCGAGAGCGGGACGCAGGGCUGGCGCAGCGGUGGGGCCGAGCAGCGGGGCUGCGCAUCUCAUGCCGGCUGGAGACGCUGCAGGGGCGCUGGGCCUUGGCACGCUGGCCUCCUAGGUAUGCCCAAGUCACCUAGGAAGUCUCUGACUGGGGUCGCUCUGAUCAACCAGGAUGACGGGUCGCGGGCGCCCUGGGUCGCGGCGCUCACCCGCUCUGCCCUGGCUCCCCUAGGAGUGUGGUGCUUCAGUGAGCUGUUCUUCGUGAAGGAGCCUCACGACGUGACCGUCUCGAGGAAGGACUCGGUGGUUUUAGACUGCCAGGCCCGCGGCGAAGCUCCGAUCACUCUUACGUGGCUGAAAAACGGAGGCAAAGUGUCUGAAAAUGAACGGAUCUACACCUUAUCCAACGGCUCUUUGUACAUCAGCGAGGUGGAAGGAAGGAGAGGAGAGGCGUCCGAUGAAGGAUUUUACCAGUGCUUAGCGCUGAACAAGUACGGGGCCAUCCUCAGCCAGAAAAGUCACCUUACGCUAGCGACCAUUUCUGCAUUUGAAGUCCAGCCACUUUCAGCUGAAGUCCAAGAAGGUGGAGUAGCUCGAUUUGCCUGUAAAAUAACAGCAAACCCUCCUGCUAUCAUCACAUGGGAAGUGAAUCGAACAACUUUACCUUUAGUCAUGGACAGGGUAACUGCUCUACCUACAGGAGUUCUUCAAAUCUAUGGUGUUGAACAGAGGGAUGCUGGGAAUUAUCGAUGUGUUGCUACAACGAUAGCCAAUAGACGUAAAAGUACUGAGGCAGUGCUAAGUGUUAUUCCAGCAUCCAACUUGAAGCCUUUUCACAAGCCAGCUAUAAUAGCUGGUCCUCAAAACAUUACAGCGCCUCUUCAUCAAACUGUCAUACUGGAGUGUGUUGCCACAGGGAAUCCAAAGCCGAUCAUCUCAUGGAGCCGGUUAGAUCAUAAGUCCAUUGACGUCUUCAAUACCCGUGUCCUUGGAAAUGGGAACCUUAUGAUCUCAGACGUGAAGGUGCAGCAUGCAGGAGUGUACGUCUGUCGAGCCACUAUUCCAGGCACGCGGAACUUCACGGUCGCAAUGGCAACUCUCACUGUGCUGGCUCCUCCUUCAUUUGUGGAAUGGCCGGAAAGUUUAACAAGGCCUCGAGCUGGUACUGCUCGUUUCGCCUGUCAGGCAGAAGGAAUUCCUGCCCCCAAAAUUUCAUGGUUGAAAAAUGGAAGGAGAAUACACUCCAAUGGUAGAAUAAAAAUGUACAACAGUAAAUUGGUGAUUAACCAGAUCAUUCCUGAAGAUGAUGCCAUUUAUCAGUGCGUGGCUGAGAAUAGCCAGGGGUCUAUUCUGUCCAGGGCCAGGCUUACCGUAGUUAUGUCAGAAGACAGACCCAGUGCACCCUAUAAUGUCCAUGCUGAAACGAUGUCAAGUUCAGCGAUCCUGUUAGCGUGGGAGAGGCCACUGUAUAAUUCGGACAAAGUAAUUGCAUACUCUGUCCAUUACAUGAAAGCAGAAGGUUUAAACAAUGAAGAGUACCAAGUGGUCAUUGGAAAUGAUACAACCCAUUACAUUAUUGAUGACUUGGAACCAGCCAGCAACUAUACCUUCUAUAUUGUAGCUUAUAUGCCUCUGGGAGCCAGUCAGAUGUCAGAUCAUGUGACUCAGCACACGCUUGAAGACGUUCCUUUGAGAGCUCCUGAAAUUAGUUUGACAAGCCGGAGUCCUACGGAUAUUCUCGUCUCUUGGCUGCCAAUCCCAGCGAAGUAUAGGCGAGGCCAGGUGGUCCUGUACCGUCUGUCUUUCCGUCUCAGCACCGAGAGCAAAAUCCAAGUCUUGGAGCUUCCUGGGACUUCAGAUGAGUAUCUCCUCGAAGGCCUGAGGCCUGACAGCGUUUACUUGGUUCGUAUCACCGCCGCAACGAGAAUUGGCUGGGGAGAGGCGUCUCUGUGGACUUCCCACCGGACUCCUAAAGCUACAAGUGUGAAAGCACCAAAGUCUCCUGAGCUGCGUUUGGAGCCAAUGAACUGUACAACCAUAACAGUACAGUGGCAGCAGGACUCUGAGGACACUGCAACCAUUCAAGGGUACAAGUUAUAUUACAAGGAGGAAGGUCAGCAGGAGAAUGGACCAAUUCUGUUGGAUGCCAGUGACCUUGAAUAUACUGUCAGUGGUUUAGAUCCCAGAAGAAAGUAUCAUGUAAGGCUGCUGGCAUAUAACAGUAUGGAAGAAGGUUAUCAGGCAGACCAGACGGUCAGCACUCCAGGAUGUGUCUCUGUCCGUGAUCGGAUGGUGCCGCCACCACCGCCCCCUCACCACCUCUACGCCAAAGCUAACACUUCAUCUUCUAUCUACCUUCACUGGGGAAAGCCUGCCUUCACAUCUGCGCAAGUCAUUAACUACACCAUCCGCUGCAACCCGGUGGGGCUGCAGAAUGCUUCUCUGGUUCUCUACCUUCAAACGUCAGAGACUCACAUGUUAGUUCAAGGUCUUGAGCCAAAAACCAUGUAUGAAUUUGCAGUUCGGCUGCAUGUGGACCAGCUCUCUAGUCCCUGGAGUCCAGUGGUCUACCAUACUACUCUUCCAGAAGCACCAUCUGGCCCUCCAGUGGGAGUGAAGGUGACUUUGAUAGAGGACGAUACUGCUUUGGUUUCCUGGAAGCCACCUGACGGUCCUGAAACAGUUGUUACACGAUAUACUAUCCUCUAUGCGUCCAGGAAGUCUUGGAUUGCUGGGGAAUGGCAAGUGUUACACAGAGAAGGAGCAAUGACCAUGGCUUUGCUGGAAAACCUUGUAGCGGGAAAUGUCUACUUGGUCAAAAUAGCAGCCUCCAAUGAGGUGGGAGAAGGACCCUUCUCAAAUGCGGUGGAGCUUGCUGUCCUGCCAAAGGAGACAUCAGAGUCUAAUCAGAGGCCUAAACGCUUGGAUUCAGGAGAUACCACAACUUAUUCUGACUAUUACCAUCUGGACCAGAAAUCAAUGACUGGCAUUGUUGUUGGAGUGUGCAUAGCCUUGACCUGCAUCCUUAUCUGCAUCCUCAUCUUAAUCUAUCGCAGUAAAGCCAGGAAAACAUCUGCUCCUAAACCUGUACAGCAAAGCACUGACCAGCUGUCACAUACCAGCAUCUCAUUAGCCAGUGCUAAUGAGGUGGGGAAGAGUAUUGAAGGAAUUGCAGAGAAUGAAGAAUCCUUAUUGCCAAUGAUAGUGGGAAACAGCUUCAUCGAUGCUAAGGGAGGAUCUGAUCUGAUUAUUAACAGCUAUGGGCCUGUCACAAAGGCCAGCUGCAAGAAAAAGUGGCUGUUCUUCCAAGAUACUAAGAAGCUGAAAACAGAGGAGCCUCAGAGACGAUUUGUCCAGGCAGUGUGUCUGUAUCAGCCAGGUACCACUGUGCUGAUCAGUGAGGAUGACUCCCCCAGCUCCCCUGGCCAGCAGUCAAAUUACCAGGUGCCGUUCAGUGUUGUCGCCGAUACGGAGCAUUCGGCCAACAGCGAAGGAAGCCACGAGACUGGAGAUUCUGGGAGAUUCUCUCACGAGUCCAACGAUGAGAUACACCUCUCUGCUGUGACAAAUGACACCUCUCCCCCCACCAGUCCUUCCGUAGGCAGUGACACGGGUACAAACAUCAUGAACCCUGCCUUAAGUAACUGCAAAGAGCGUUCUCUGCCAUUCGCUACUGACCAGACUCCUACCUCAUCUCUUCAGAUACAGUCUGCAGUGCAAAACUGACAUCCUUAGGGCCAUGCCAGACAUCCUUGCAGUGUAUGUCUGUUCGAAGGACAAUG